UUCACAUUCUCCAGCUUCAGUAAAUGAGAAGAAGAAGAAGAAGCUCUGCAGCGCUGUAGAAGGAUCUCAUGAAGACGUGGCAUCAUGACGGCAGUUCUGGAACCACACGAGAUUAAACGUGAGGAAACAGAAUUCCUAGAAAGCUCCAGUCCUCAGCCGACGUCUUCUUCUGUAGACUUCCUCUCCGACCCGUUUCACACCGAAUCCCAGCGAAGUUCACUAAAGGAGAGAACUCACCACUGCCUGGUGUGCGGGAAGAGCUUCACCGUGCAGAACCAUCUCCACCGACACAUGCGCAUCCACUCCGGCGAGAAGCCCUACGACUGCGCCGAGUGUGGGCGGAGCUUCAGAGACAAAGGCAACCUGAAGAUCCACCAGCGCAUUCACACCGGCGAGAAGCCGUACGAGUGCGAGGAGUGUGGGCGGAGCUUCCGGGAGAGAGGCACGCUCAAAAAGCACCAGCGGAUUCAUACCGGAGAGAAACCGUACUACUGCUCGGAGUGCGGGAAGAGCUUCAAUCAGCUGAGCAGCCUCCAAACGCACCAGAGAAUUCAUACCGGAGAGAAGCCGUACGACUGCCUGGAGUGCGGGAAGAGCUUCAACGUCCUGAGCCACCUUAAAACCCACCGCAGCAUUCAUACCGGAGAGAAGCGCUUCCACUGCGACGAGUGCGGCAAGAGCUUCAACCGCCAGAGCCACCUCCAGCUCCACCAGAGAAUUCAUACCGGAGAGAAACCGUACUUCUGCUCCGAGUGCGGCAAGAGCUUCAGACACUCCAAUACGCUCAAAACGCACAAGUGCGUCACCAAGGAGGCGGGAACUCCCGACACCAGCCUAUCAGAUCAGGACGAUCCAGACGAUUUAUAUUAUAAGGUCAUUUUAGUUUGACAUGAGUAAAUAAUAAUAAUAUAAUUUGUUAUCAAUUUACAAAGCCAACUACAAGGCUAACCCACUCAUUACCCCCCAUCACUAGUGAUGCUCCAACACCAGAAGGGUGAAGAAGACUGGCACACGCCUCCUCCUGAUAUAUGUGAAGUCAGACUCUGCCUCUUUUCAAACCUUUUUGCUGAGUAGCAUCACAGCGCUAACGGUUCUGAUACAUCAGCUCACAGACGCAGCCUUGUGCUGAUCCACAUCACCCUAGGAGUGAUGAGGGGAAAGAGAGAGCACCAUCUACUGUACUGUACCCACCCAGAGAGAAACAGCAAGGACAACUGUGCUCUCUCAGGGCUCCGGCAGCUGAUGGCAAGCUGCAUGAACAGGAUUCGAACUGGCAAUCUCCCGAUCAUAGUGACAGUGCUUUUUGUGUUUUUAUUCAAUUCAGAUUUCAGCUUUUGCUAAUACUGACUGAUAAAGGGCAACUCCACCAAAUUUUAAAAUAUGUGCAAAUCCAAACUUCAAAAAUUCAGUUUAACACGUUUUCAUUUAUGUUUAAUUUAUUAUUACCAGGCAAUAAGUUGCAGUAAUUACCGUAGUUUUUGGACUAUAAAGCGUAUUAAGUGACACUAGUUAGGAUGCCUAAAUCGAAGUGAGCAGGGGUGUUGCCAUGUUUUCCUUCUAAUGGGGAAUCUGGGUGAAGCGCCUAAAUAAACAAAACUGUAAUUCUUAAAAAAAAAACACAUUUAUUUUAAAGUUAAUCGAGUGCUGGAUGUUAAUCUGCACAGAUUUCUCUCCUGAAAACUGUUUAUUUGGGUGAGUAAAGCGCUUCUGUUUAUUUACAGUAAGCUUAAAAUUCCAGUAUUUUGUCCAAGGCUAAGCGCUAGCCGUGGUUAGCAAGCGCUUAGCGCUAGUAAACACAACCCGAUAGUGCUAGACUGAGGAACACUGAGUGAGCUAUUACAUACACUUCAUUUACAUUGCUUUUAUUAACUGUUAAUGUAUAUUUUAUUUUGUGUAAUGUAAAGUUUUUACAUUUUAAAUGUUCAAAUUAUUGUUUUCUUCAUGUUUUUAUGAAGCUUUUCAUUAUUCUUUUCACAAUUAAAUUCCCCCAAAAUCAGUGCACUUUAUACUGUAUUUACAGCAUUCUGAUAUUUAAAUAUUUAUUAUUUAUAAACAAAUCAUCAACUAAAGCUUUAUGCCUUUUUUUUAAAUAAUGUGUUCCUGUAAUUUGUCUCACUACACAUAUGUUCAAAUGUUUAUCGGUUAUUAAUAAUUAAUAUAAAUAUAAUUUCUAAACAUGAAACAUGUCAAGUCCUGAUCUAAUGUAUGUAAACAGACACAUACUGUAUAAAAAAAUUAACUGGAUUAAAUAUUUCUAAAAUACAUCCUGACUCGCAUGUUUAUUACAUGCUAUUAAUGCAGUUAAUCAUUUACAUUAAAGCACUUUGAAUGACUUCACCAAAAGGUAUGCCAAAAGUCAUGGGACAACAUUGUGUAUGUAUAUUAAUCAUGAAGUGUUACCUCAAAAAAAAUUUCCCAAACUAUUUUUUUUUUCUAAUUUUGUUGAUUUUAAAUGGGAUAAUUGUUAGAUUUGAUAUAUUAUUUUAUUAUCAUUAUGUCAUUGGCAUUUAAUGCUCUUAAAAUGACAAUAAUAUUGUUUAUCGCAUUAUAUCAAUUUACUAAUGCCUAAAUUUCCUUCGGGAUAAAUAAAGUAUCUAUCUAUCUAUCUAUCUAUCUAUCUAUCUAUCUAUCUAUCUAUCUAUCUAUCUAUCUAUCUAUCUAUCUAUCUAUCUAUCUAUCUAUCAGCUGCCAAGAUUAAUAAAAAUAAUGUAUACUGGGGGAAGGGGACAGGAGCUUGGGAAAAUCCACACCUGUGUAGGUUGUGAGGUGUUAUCUUGUGAGUGAGGUUGUAAAUGAGGAGACAGGUCUGCUGAAUGAAUUCUAUUAGUGAUGAAUUCUGGUAACCUUCGUAAUCAUGGCGCCUGUUUAUGGAUAAAGUCCCGCCCUUCAGCAAAAAAAAAACAAAAAAACAAGCCAAUGAGCUCGCUGCUUGUGCAGAGAGUGGUGGAGAGUCAGUGUGCUCGUGAGGAAGUCCCGCCCCCUCUUUGCUGUGUGUUAUUUUUUGAGCAAAACCGAUACAAACUGUUCAUGAGGGUUUAUUCGUUUUUAUCUCAAUUUAUUUAUUUUAAAUAUUUUCUGUCCCAUAAUAUUUGGCAUAUGCAGAUAUUUGGCAGAAAUUGGUGGAAUUGCCCCGUAUCGUGUGAUGUUUAUGUGUCUCUGAGUGUGUGUGUUAGAUUACUGUGUAUUUAAUGUGUGUGUGUCAGAGUUGUAUUGUGUAUUGUUCCCUAAUUGUACUCUCUGAUCUCUGCCUUAUCAAUAUAUUGAUAUUGAUCACAUUCAGAUAAAAGAGCUUCAGUAAAAAGCUGAUGCUGGACGAUUCCUUCCAAAGAUGCCGGAUAAAGAGUUGCUGUGUUUUAUACAAAUUCCAUGUAAAAUAAUUAUAUAUGUACAUUGUACAUUGUUGUCACAUUUCUGUGUUGUCUUUGUUUGAUUGAAUAAGGCCAGAAGUGCAGAGUCGAGAAGACCAAGCUACAAAUCAUUUAUUUAAAGAUAAUUAAUCAGAUAUAGUCAGAAAACAGGUCUUAUAAGACCUCAGGAUUUGCUUAUUUUGGUAAAUGCAAGUUUUCAGUACUUAUCAUUAGUACUUAACUUUUAUUUCUCAACAAUAAUAAAACUGACAGUGGAUGCAUGUCUGUAAAAAACUGGAUAUUAACACUAUCAUACAUUUUACCAUCAUUUUACUUUAAAUAAACAAUACAACUGAUUGUAA